AUGGCAAUGUUCUUGCAAAUUAUUGGGCAUAAUAAGCGUCUUCGUGUAGUGAAGCGUAGAUUUCAACACUCUUCACAAACAGUUCAUGCGUAUUUUCAUGAAGUGUUGAGUGCAAUGAUGAAUAUGGCAAUGGAGAUUAUAGUACCAACAACAUUUGACCCGAACCCAAAUAUUUCGGGAGCAAUUGGUGCACUUGAUGGAACACUAGUACAUGCCGUUGUUCCAAUUUCAAAGCAAACUAUGUACAGGGGUAGAGGAAAGGGUCAAUGCUAUCAAAAUAUUUUAGGAAUAUGCGACUAUAAUAUGAUGUUUACGUUCGUUUGGGAAGGCUGGGAAGGGGUAACACAUGAUUCAAGAGUCUUAACAGAUACAAUUGCUGAUCCGAGAAACGGUUUUCCAUGGCCUCCCAAUGCAUACACACAUAUUAGAGGAUUUAUGGUUCCGUAUCGCAAUGUGCGAUAUUGGUUAGGAGACUAUCGUCGUAGACGUGAUUUGACUAAAGAAGAAAAAUUUAAUCAUGCUCAUGCUCAACUACCGGAGAAUGAUGGUACAACUACCGGACCAUGGUGGGGGGUCGAAGACAUGCAAUAUAUGGCUAAUUUGUGCGAUGAGAUAGCAACUCGGUUGAUGCAUUGA